AUGGACGAGCCAUUUCUUUCCACGGUCAACUCCGACUCGAAUUCGGGGCCACCCAAGGGCGCCGGCCCGUCGCUACUGGCCUGUCUCCUCUGCCGGCAUAAACACCUCAAGUGCGAUGGAAAGACCCCGGUUUGUGGCCGCUGUGCAGCCGUGGGGGCGGAGUGCCAGUAUACCCCCUCCCGUCGGGGAUACAAGGGCCCCUCGAAGAAGCGACGCGCCAAUUCCCCCGACCAAUUGGCCUCCGACUUGUCCUCCUCGUCCUUCGACCCCCAAUUCGCCGCCAGCUUCUUCAACGUCCCCGCCGACUGGGGUCUCCCACAGAACCAUGUCACUUAUGCGCCACCCAUGGCGCCGCCCCCGCCGCCGCCGGCGACCACGACCCUCUCCUCUACCUCGUCGGGCAGCCCGGGCCUCACUGACACCCCCGUUCCGUCGCAACAGCCCCUGCGGCUGUACAAUCAGCCCCUCACCCCCGAAUCGGGUUCCGCCCCCGCCCCCGGCGAUGGCUACCUCGUCGACAUCUACUACACCUACUUCCAUCCCGCACAUCCCAUCCUCCCCCCGCUGCGUCUCCUCUACCGCUCCUUCGUGCCCCCCUACCUUGAACAUGUCAUCAAAUUCGUCGGCGCCCACUUCACCCCGGCCGCCUCCCCGGAGCCCUACCGUCCGACGGUCAUGUCGUCCGUCAUGGGACAGGAGGCCUCCAUCGAGAAGCUGCAGGCGCUCGUGCUGCUGGCCAUCGUCCUCCACUCGCGCAACGAGCGCCCUGAAGCGGGCGAGUGCCUGACCAUGGCCGUCGAUCUGGCCCUGGAGCUCGGUCUGCACUCGGCCAGUUUCGCGACGGCGAUGAGCGAAGGCGACCCGGUGCGGGCCGAGUCCCUGCGGCGCCUCUGGUGGGAGCUGUUUAUCAUCGAGGGGAUGCUAACCGCGCUCGGGGUGCAGCGCACCGCGCGCACCGGUGCGGUGCCGCUCGAGGUCCCGCUGCCCUGCGAAGAACGAAUCUACGCGGACGGCCUCGCGCCGCCGUCUCCGGCCCCGACCAUCGCGCAGUUCGACGAGAGGGUCUUCGCGGACGAGGAGCGGGACUUUUCCUCCUUCACCUACCGCAUUGAAGCCGUCCGGAUCCUCCUACGGGUCGUGGCCACCCAGGAGAUCGUCGAGGGCCAGCAGGACCGCGUGGAGGCGAUCGACGCGCGCAUCACCAGCUGGUUCCACCACCUCCCCGAAUCCAAGGCCGAGCUCUUGCGCCCAGACGGGUCCGUCGACGAGAUGAUGUUCCAGGCCACGAUGAUCGUCAACGGCGCCUCCAUCUACCUGCACUUCCCCCGCUCCGACCUACUGUCCUCCCCCGCGAUGGCCGCCGAAGUCAUCUGCGGCCACCACGGACCGUGCAGCAUCCCCGCGUUCUCGCACCACGCCCACGCCAUGAAAGCCGUCAAGGCCUCCAGCGAGAUCUCCUCGCUCGCCUCCAUUCGCAUGCCCGUCGUCAAGCACACCCCCUUCUUCAUCUGCUCCCUGGUCCUCAGCUCCAUCGUGCAGUUGGCCGCCUGCUCCGUGAAAGCCGGGCAGAUGCCGGACCCCAGCCGCGACCGCCUCGCCCUCACCAUCGGCGUCUUCAGGUCGCUGGCCCGCACCUGGGCCAUCUCCCAGACUAUCAUGCGGCAGAUUAAGGCUGUCGCGCGCGACGUCAUGGACCUGGGCCUCCGGCCCACUAUGGACCAUAUCGACUUGAAUACCGUCCUCGACAAUGGCCGCUUCCUGCUCCCGGAUCUGCCUCCAAUUACGUAG